AACAAGCGAAUGAACACAAAUCGCAUGCGCAGUAGACCCGGGUACGUGGCAUGACUCGGCAUUUUUCUCCUUGCGAUGCGCCUUGAAAUUCUGAGCCUUCUGGUCUUUAGUUCAUCGAAAUCCAUCAUUCAGAGGGUCAUUCGUUGCCAUUCGUUCGUGCUGUUACAUUUUGAGAGUAGAGUGUUUUGGAGGCUGUUUGUGAUGAGUGUCAGCCUUGUGCUGACAAGGCCCAUUCAGUGUAGCAAUAUGUCUGAUAGUCACCGACAUUGCUUAGAGUUGCUGUGUAGAUUGUGUGGAAAAGAAAGAGCAAUUCCAGAUGACCGCAACCCAAUAUGUAAAGCACGUCUAUCCCAGCUUAUCAUGGCUUCAUUUGGCAUCGAUGUUGAGGAUGACAAUCCUGAUGUACAUCCGCCAUUCAUUUGUAAAGCUUGUGAUGUGAGGCUGAAGAGAUGGUGGGCUACCUCCAAAAAACGAGGAAAGGGCAAAUCCCCUUGUGCCAUUCAAGUGGCUGUGUUUGAUGGUUCAAGCUGCCUGAAGUGUAGAACUGCAACUUCACCUGCCACAUUGACCAUUCAGGAGAUGAAGAAUGAUGGAGAGAGAUGUGGGCUGUUGGUGUGGGAGGGGGCAGACUGGUUGCAGUUCAUGAAAAUGUCACGUCAGGGCCGGCCAGUUUUGUACCUCAGAAUCUUCCGAGAUUUAACGUGGCAGUUGGAGGUGUCAGGGGUACUUGCUGUUCAUGCUGAGGUAUGCCCAGAUGUUCCAAGCACACUUGAUAAGGAGGGAUUGUCCACACUUCUGCAGAAGAUUACAUCAACACAGGUGUGUGGAGGAAAUGCAGAUUUCCAAGAUCUGAUCCAGCUGUUCAGUGUCGAAGGCCAAGUCCCCACCAGCAUAACCCCCCAAGAUAUCUUAUCCGAAGGUACCAUUAGGCACAAAAAAUGCCGACUACUUUGUGGCAAGUUGAGGUGCAGUGUCUGCCAAAUAUACCGCAGUGAGCUGCUGAAAGUACAGAGCCGUCAGAGAGUAAGACUAACACAGGCUGUUUCGGUUUCUUCAUCGGUGCCAAACAAGACCUUAACACCAAUACAGCUGAGGGAGAAAGUUGCUGUCUUACAGAUGGAAAGACGGGCCUUGAAGCGACAGGCUAACACUCUAAGGGAUAGAGUGGCUGAUUUCAUUUCUAAAGAGAGUGUGAUUCUUGACCAGGCGCAAGAUGCACCUUUGCGAGAAAUCAUCCUUGGGAGUGGCAAGGAGGUGAGCGAUGUUCUUGGAGAAGAUACGCCAGCAGGUCUGCUAUGGGCACAACAAAAGGAAGCUGCUGUGAAGGGUAAGCAGAUGAGAUGGCACCCUGCUAUCAUCCGAUGGUGCAUUGCCCUUCACAGCAAAUCUUCGUCAGGGUACAACAUUCUUCGUCAGACAGGAUUCAUGAAGCUCCCACAUCCCAGCACAUUAUAUGCCUACACGCACUUUGCCGAGCCUACAACAGGAUUCAAUGCAGCAAUGCUACAGAGAAUUGUUGAUGAAACGAAGUGUUGCCCUGAACAUGAGAGGAAUGUUUCAAUGCUCUUUGAUGAGAUGAAGGUAAAAUCUGGACUGUGCUUUUCCGUCAGAUCGGGCAGAGUAGUGGGUUUUAUAGAUGUCACAAGUAUUGCUAAUGAGGUCGCAGACUUUGAACGGAGGUGCAGAGGUGAAGGUGAUCCAGAAAUUGCAACACAUGUUCUGGUUCUGAUGCUGCGAGGUAUCUUUUCAUCGCUUCAUGCUCCGGUUGGCUAUUAUCCAACCACAGGUGUGACCAGUGACCAACUUUAUGCCUGCCUGUAUGAGGCCAUCCUGUAUGUAGAGACAGCUGGUUUCAAAGUUCGAGCAUUGGUCUCGGAUGGAGCUUCACCAAACCGGAAAUUCUAUCGCAUCCAUGCUGAUAAAUGCAGCCAAUCUAACCCUACAUAUUCAACAACCAACCCCUUUGACCCAUCUCGAGAUAUCUACUUUGUUUGUGAUGUGCCCCACCUGAUCAAGACGACCAGAAAUAACUGGGAAAACUCAGGCUGGCACAACAAGACCAAGAAUCUCUUCUUCAACAAGCAAGAAGUGACUUGGCCACAACUACUACAUCUAUAUGAGUUGGAUACCGGCCUUGACAGAUGCUCCCCUGGGUUGCGACGCCUGCAUAAAAUAUCCUAUGAGCAUCUACACCUUACACCAGCUUUGAGGAUGCGUGUAUACAUGGCCGCACAGGUGCUGAGUAGCACUGUGGCCAAUGCUUUCCAGUGCCACGGGAAGGUUGGAACAGCAUCUACUGUGAAAUUUGUCACCAUGUUCGAUCAGUUCUUCGAUUGUCUUAAUGUAUCAAAUACCUAUAAGGGGGUACACUCAAGAAAGCCUGCUCUGGAACCCUACAAGACUGUUGAUGAUUGGCGCUUUGAUUGGCUCAAGGAAGAUUUCUUGGGCUUCCUGAGGGAGUGGGAAGAGGAGGUGCAGUCGAAGCAACAACUGGACAAAGCCACCAAAAAGAAGAUGACACUCAGCAGAGAAACAGUGGAAGGCAUUAAGAUCACAGUGCAUUCCUUUGUGGAGCUGGGGAAACAUCUACUCAAGCAACCUGGGGUGCAGUAUCUGCUCAGUGAGAAAUUCUGCCAAGAUCCACUAGAGGAGUAUUUUAGUAAACAGCGUGGUGCUGGGGGUUCAAACGAGAAUCCAUCUGUUGAACAGUUUGGGCACAAUAUGCUAGCCUUACAUGUUGCUCAGGGAUGUGUGAAGGCAUCACGGAGAGGAAACUGUCGUCUCCGAGACAGGGAAGACAGUUCCAGCAUCAUGGAUAGUACUCCACUUCCCCGUCGCAAAUAAUCGAAUGACUUCAGUUUGAUCAUG